AUGGCCACAAGUACAAGAACAAAGAUAGCCUCUCAAGUGUCUAGGCGACUGGAUAAAAGUUUGAAUAGCUUUAAUGUAGUACAAUCGAAACCACCUAAAAAAGAACAAGGGACAACAGUAGAGGGCGAAAAGGAAGAUGUUGUUGUCGACGAAAUGACAAGUUUGGACCAGCAGUACCAUGACUCAUUUCUUGCAGCUGUUGAAAGGAACCAAAUACCCAUAUCGAGAAAUUUAAUGAUACUAUUAUACUCACUCAAUAUGCUAAGUUCCAACUCAAAUAUCAUUCGCUUUACAAGCAAGUUUAUCUAUUUGCAAAACAAGGUUGGUAUAAACUCCCUGGGCAGCUCAAUCUACGAUAUCAGUAUCGACGAUGUAUACUUUGUGAUCAAUUGGGUCGUAACGGUGACUUUUCUUCGUUCGUUUUUAAUCAAAUACUGCUUUGAACCAUUCGCAUCGCGCUUCUGUCACAUAUAUUCCAGAAAGGCCAAAACGAGAUUUGCUGAGCAAAGUUGGUCGUUUCUUUAUUGGGGAGUAUCGUUUAUCUUUGGUGUGUAUUUAUAUCUAGAUGCCCCAUAUUUCAACGAUUUAGACCAAAUCUACAUCAAUUGGCCCAACUUUUACAUGGACGCCAAAUUCAAAAGCUAUUACCUCAUUUCAAUGGCAUUUUGGUUUCAGCAGAUAUUGGUGUUGCAUGUUGAAAAACCAAGAAAAGACCACUAUCAAAUGUUUAGCCAUCAUAUAAUUACUUGUUUAUUGAUUGUUGGUUCAUACUACUACUACUACUUCAGAAUCGGACACUUGAUUUUGAUGAUUAUGGACUCUGUUGAUAUUUUCCUUGCCGCAGCCAAGAUGUUGAAAUAUGCGAAAUUCAACAAUGCGUGUGAUGCCAUGUUCAUUUUAUUCUUGGUUUCUUGGAUCGGAUUGAGACAUGGUGUUUAUAAUUACAUCUUUUAUCACGCAUGGGACAAGUCGGUACAUUUGAUGAGUGAUGGCCAAUGCAUUGAAGGCGCCGUUCAGAAAAGAUGCUGGACUCCUACAGUCAUCAACACGUUUUUGGGAUUACUAGGUGGUUUGCAAGUCAUAACUUGUAUUUGGAUGUAUUUGAUUUCAAAAGUUGCUUAUAGGGUAGUUAUUGGAAGUGGUGCUGAAGACGUUAGAAGUGAUGAAGAUGACACCGAUGUAGAAGCCGAGGACAAUGUCGAAAACGACACCGAUGUUGAAAACGAGGUCGAAGACAAGGACGAGAACAAGGACGAGAACAUGGACAAGGACAAGGACGAAGACGACAGAAAUUCGAGAUUCAGUACAAAUACCCAAGACAAUGCAAACAAAUGUGAUGUUGAUGAAAAAUCAAUGGUUUAUAGCUCCGUCAUGGAAAUAACGCUAAAUGACGCAAAAUAA